GGGUAAUUGCCGCCAUCUUGUUCAUUUUGUGUGUUGCUUCUACGAAAAUUAUCAGUAUUUGAACUGAUAUACCGACUUACAAUGUUCUAAUAACAGCCUAUUUACAUAAAAUAGAACAGGAAGUAUACGCCCAAAAUGCCUACAUACUUUCAGAAACCGGAGAAUGCUCUGAAGAGAGCAAAUGAGUUUAUUGAUGUUGGUAAAUCUAGCCGUGCUUUGGAUGUCCUUUAUGAUGUCAUCAAGAGUAAGAAACAUCGAACAUGGCAGAAAGGGAUUCACGAGGGUAUUAUGGAGGAAUAUCUCCGCCUCUGUGUUGAGUUGAAGAAAAGUCAUAUUGCAAAAGAAGGUCUUUACCAAUACAAGAAUAUUUGUCAGCAGGUGAACAUCAAGUCUCUUGAAGAUGUUGUUCGUAAAUACCUGGCCCUGGCUGAGAAGAAGACAGAGGAGGCUAAAGCAGAAUCCCACCAAGCUGUUGUUGACAUAGAUGAUCUGGACAAUGCUCUGCAGUCUCCAGAAAGCUUGUUACUUAGUGCAGUUAGUGGUGAGGAUACACAGGACCGAACUGAUAGAGCUAUCCUUACCCCAUGGGUGAAGUUCCUCUGGGAAUCCUAUCGACAAUGUCUUGAUCUGCUACGUAACAACUCCAGUGUGGAGAAGCUGUACCAGGAUAUUGCCCAGCAAGCAUUCAAGUUCUGUUUGAACUACUCCAGGAAGACAGAGUUCAGAAAGUUGUGUGAUAAUUUGAGGACUCACUUGGGUCACAUCCACAAGCAUCAGCACCAGCAGAGAGCUAUUAACCUGAACAACCCUGAGAGUCAGGCCAUGCACCUGGAGACCCGUCUUGUACAGCUGGAGAGUGCAAUACAGAUGGAGCUUUGGCAGGAAGCCUACAAAGCCAUUGAAGAUGUGAAUGGCUUCAUCCUGCUGUCCAAGAAGCCUCCUAAGCCCUCUCUAAUGGCUAACUACUACCAAAAGCUGGCCCUUGUCUUCAAGAAGGCAGGCAACCACCUGUUCCAUGCCUGCGCUCUGGCACGCUUGCUUCAACUCUCAAAGGAACAGAAGAAGAAUCUGUCAUCAGAAGAAGCCCAAAAGUUAGCAUCAAGAGUGCUAUGUGCAACACUCUCCAUCCCAAUCCCACCUUCUCGCAACCAGAUGGCUAAUCUGUUGGACUUUGACGAAACAGCUUUGGAGAAAGAGCGACGCCUUGCCUCGUUGUUGAACCUCCAGAAUCCACCAACCCGUCAGAGCCUGGUCAAUGAUUUGGUGAAGACUGGUAUAGUUCAGAGUGUGAACCCACAGCUGUCGAACCUGUACCGCUGGUUGGAGGUUGAGUUCCACCCAUUGAAGCUCUCCAGCCGUGUAGCCAACUCUUUGGAAUUCAUUGAGAAGAAUCCUGACCUCUCUCAGUACACAACUGCUAUACAGGAGAUCACAAUCACUAGGCUCUUGAAACAGGUGUCCCAAGUAUACCAGACCAUUGAGUUCUCUCGUCUGGCUGCCCUGGCUCCCUUUGUCUCUGAGUUCCAGCUAGAAAAGGUGAUCGUACAUGAGAUCAAGAACUUAGAGCUACAGGUGAGAAUCGACCAUCAGUCAAGAUCGCUGAGUUUUGGCACAGACCUUGCUGUUUCCCAGAAAGAGGAUGCACCUGAGGGCCCAAGUAUCCAGGCUAUGCCCAGUGAGCAGAUCAGAAGUCAGCUGACCAAUAUGGCGUCUGCUUUACAGAAAGCAAUCAACGUCAUUAAGCCCACUGAUGGAGACCAGGAGACUGAGGACCUUAGAGCCCAUAUUGUGAAGAACUAUCGCAGCAGUGCUAAGACUGACCACACACGAAUCCUCCAGAGAAGACACAUUAUAGAGGAGCGCAAAGAGGAGCUCGAGAAUAUCAACACAGAAAGGGAGCGUCUGGAAUAUGAGAAGAUCCGUGAGGCCCAACAGGAGCAAAUUGCAGCUGAAGAGGCUCGUCUCCUUAAGGAGGCCGAUAUGAGAGCUGCUAUGAAGAAACAGGAAGAGCAUGAUGAGAUCAAGCGUAAGCAUGCCAAGGAACGUCUGGAACAACUGAAGAAGUCUGAUGUUGGAGCCAGUGCUUUCAAGGACCUUUCUGAACAGGAACUGGCCGAGUUGGAUGCUGAUGAGAUCAUGGCUAAGCAGGUUGAGCAGUUGGAGAAGGAGAAGAAAGAGCUCCAAGAGAGACUCAAGGCGCAAGAGAGAAAGGUUGACCACUUUGCCAGGGCCAAGAGAGUUGAGGAAAUUCCGCUGUUGUUGAAGAAGUUUGACGAAGAUCGUGAAGAGAUGAAGAACUUCUGGUACAGAGAAGAAGAGGAAAGGAUCACCCAAGCUAAGUCUGAACGUGAGUACGCCAUUGCCAACAGAGAGCGUCUGAAGCGUAUGGAGACUGACAAAAACGCAUUCAUGAAUAAAUUGAAAGAGGCAAGGCAGUCUGUCUAUAAGGAGAAUGUGAAGGCUUUCAACAAGCGUUUGGCUGAGGAGCGCAAGAGACGACUUGAAGAGCGUAAACAAACACGUAAGGAUGAGAGACGCCAGAGAUACAUCCAGGAGAAGGAGGAAGAGGCACAGAGAAUCCGUGAUGAAAAACUGAAGCGUGAGCGUGAAGAGAAGGAAAGGUUAGAGCAGGAGCAGCGGGAACUUGAGGAGGCAGCCUACAGGGACAAAUUAGCCAAACUAGAGGAGCAAGCUGAGAAACAGCGAAAAAGAGAACAAGAGAUUGAGGAACGCAAUAGGGCACGUGAAGAAGCACAGAAAAGUAGACCCAGACAGGGUGAGGAUCGUUGGGGUAGGGAUGGAGAUAGAGACCGAGACAGAGAUAGAGAUGAUAGAGGCAGAGAUGAGGAAGAUGGCUCACCAAGAAGAGGGGCUUGGAAACCACCAGCAAAAGAAGGAGGAGGCUGGAGAGAAAGACAAAAGCAAAAAGAAGAUAGCUGGAAGUCCCCUAGGGAAAAAGAAGUCCCAGAAGAUAGGGGAGAGUCAACAUGGAGGAGUAGAAUGCCCGCAAGAGACAUACGUGAAGAAUACAGAAAACAGUCCCCUGAACCUCCUAGAGACCAAGAUGAGGAACCACCGCGUCGUAGAGAGCUAUCACCUCCCCAAAGAGGAGGGGAUCGUUUCCGUGAUGACCGUGGACCCUCCCCAAGGGGUAGGGACAACCGUGAUACAUGGAGACGAGGGGGUGAUGAUCGACGUGGAGGUCCCGCCCCAAGAGAUGAUGACAGAGGGAGUGAUAGAUGGCGCAGGGGUGGUGAUGAUGAACCACGUGGCGGAGGAGGAGGCUGGCGUGAUCGUCGUGGGGGAGAUGAUGAUCGUCGUGAUGAUCGUGGGGGAGAUGACCGUGGAGGCUGGAGAGGACGGGGUGGUGAUGAUCGUGGAAUGGACAGAGGUGGUGGUGGUGGUGGUCGUUGGGGACGUGAUGAUGACCGUAGAGAUGACCGCGACAGCCGUCCUAGGGGAGAUGAUGGGGGUAGAUGGAGAGCUGGUGGGGGUGGUGGUGGAGGUGGAGGAUGGAGAGACAGGGAACGGGAACGUGACUCCAGACCUCCCCCAAGAGAUGACCGGGAAGAUAGAUGGCGCCGUGAUGACCCUCCACGUGACCGUGACUCACGCAGAGAACCAGAGGGUGGCUGGAGAAGAGGAGGUGACGAUCGUCCUCCACCCAGGACAUCAGAGCGUCCCCCUCCACGUGAUGGCGGUGGCCCUGAGGAUGAUGGUUGGACCACAGUUAAAACAAAAUAAAUACGAAAAACACUCGAUAGUUGACAAUGUCCAAUUAUUGAGGGACAUUAUAAAUAAUAUAUACAAAAUGUAUAUCAAAAUGAAUAAUCCACUGACUUGCGCAGGCACCAUUCCUCUUAUUCUUAGUGUUAUAAACAUAUUAACAAUUGCAGCUGACUGUCUAUUAUUAAACACCUGGUCCACCGAUUAACAACAUAUUAGUAUAUAGAUUCUAUAUUGGAUUUUACUAAAAUUGAAACGCUGUUAUUGAAAAUGAUGACUCAUUAAUAUAUUAUCUUUGGAUACUCCUCAAUUAUGUCAGUUGUUAUUAUUUAAAUAUGACUACACUGACUAUACUUGUACACACACAUUUUGUUCAAUUUUUAUGCCAAGCUUGUGUUCACUUGUUCAUCUAUCUAGCCUAUUAUAGGAGUGUUGUUGCCUGGUAAAGUAUUUAUUUAUAUGUAAUGAGAAUGCUGAAAACAUUGAAUAAAAAAGAUUAUAAUUUACCCUGAAA